AUGACAAAACUGCAUAGUUAUUUGCAAAAGCAUCUCGUGCCCUCUGCGCACCCACCUUCUGUCAUCGAUAUCGAGUCCGACUCUAGCUCCUCGACCGAUUAUGCCUCUGAUACAACCCCGAUUUCUCCUCCAUUCGCCGAGUACCUCACUCAGGUGGGUGAGACUCGUCUGCUUCAGGAGCGGCUCUUUGAACUGGAAACUGAAUAUAGAAUUCUUAUCGACCAGAAGGCUCUCCGGGAGCGCAUUGGAAUCUCACUCGAUAGCGAAGCACUUGCAUUUCUCGCUCGAUACCAAGACGAGAAGAUAAAGCUAGAGGCAGAACUUGAGUUUGCCCACCAUCGUCUCGAAUCACACCCCGAGCAUCAAAGCCACACUGCUAGCACAAACCGUCCCGAUGACAUCGCGAAUGAAGAACAGAGGUUCUUCCCCAUCGAGCGUGGAGACCAAUCGCAUCACGACCCACUCCAUGCGUGGGAAUUUGAGGAUCGAUCGAUAUUGCGUUUCAAGUCGCACCCUGGGCUUCGUGACCUGGUGAACCAAGGAUGGGAUGGUGAUAGCAUCAGUCAGAUGGCUAUGGCGCUGUGGUUCCAGAAUGAAGAGGAUGAUACAUGGUUGAAAUUCGUAAGGAAUAAUUUGACAAGCUAA